CUCAGGAAUUUCAUGACAGGCAAACCACCAAUCCCCCACCAAUGGCGGAGACGUAGGACUUAUGGACUCUGGAAACGUGGCUACUCUAACGUCUCUUUUUAUGUAUUAUGGCAAAUGUCAAGCAAAAGCUUUUUCAGAGGAAUUGUAAUGUUCCCACAUCUAACGGAAAAGAUGGGAUUUACGCCAAAUCCGUGAAUUUUGAAAAGGGUGGACAUGGGAAGGUGAACGGGGUGAAAGAGAGGGGUCAGACACGGCGUAAGUCCCUGAAUGACUCAUUGGAGGGAGAAAUCAGAGACUUCCUGAUAAAUGAAGGAGAGCUGCACACUUAUGAUGACCUGACCAAAGUCAACCCAAUUACCCCCACCACAGUUCUGAGAUGUCUGCAGGCUCGGUACAGCGCCCGGGUCUUUUAUACCCACGCCGGCUGCACGCUGGUCGCCCUCAACCCUUUUCAACCCAUCCCUCACCUCUACUCUCUGGAUGUGAUGAGAGAAUACCACUCUGCUCCGCAGCCUCAGGAAUUCAAGCCCCACAUCUUCAUUGUUGCUGAGGAGGCGUACAGGAACGUCCAGGGUCACGUGGAGCCAGUAAACCAGUCUCUCGUGGUCAGUGGGGAGAGCGGGGCUGGCAAGACGUGGACGUCUCGUUGUUUAAUGAAAUACUACGCCACAGUGGCGGCGUCGGCGGAGCGGUGCCAGGAGACGGUGGCGAGGAUUGAGAAACGAGUGCUGGACUCCAACCCUGUCAUGGAGGCAUUUGGCAACGCCUGCACGUUACGGAAUAACAACAGCAGUCGUUUUGGAAAAUACAUCCAGCUCCAGCUAAACGGGUCCCAGGUGUUAGUCGGGGCGUCGGUUCAGACGUAUUUACUGGAGAAAACCAGAGUGACCUUCCAGGCGCCCAGUGAGCGUAAUUUCCACAUAUUCUACCAGAUGAUGAAAGGAGCGACAGAGAAACAGAGAGAGGAGUGGAAGAUGCCGCAUGACCAGACGUUUGCCUGGUUACCAAACACUGAGAAGACAUUAGAGGAGGAUAGUUUUGGAGAGACAGUGGAGGCGAUGUUCAGUCUUGGCGUUGAUGAGGUAAAACAGAGGCAGAUAUUCAGGAUUCUGGCCGGUAUCCUGCAGUUGGGGAAUGUGAAUUUCUGCCCUGCUACAGAUGAAUCUCGUCCCUGUGAACUGGACGAGGAGUCGAAAGACUUCCUGCAGAAGGCGGCAGACUUGCUGCAGGUCUGCGCUGAGGAGCUGCAGUCCUGUUUGUGUGUGAGGACCCUGCGCGCUGGGAAACAGAGCGCUCUGUUAAAACCCUGCUCUCUCUCAGAGUGUGGAGUCAGGAGAGACUGUCUGGCCAAAACCAUCUACUCACAACUGUUUGAUUGGUUGGUUUCAUUCAUCAACAACAGCAUGUGUGCAGACAACUCCAAAUGGUGCAACUUCAUAGGUCUGCUGGAUGUGUAUGGAUUUGAGUGUUUCCUGCAGAACAAUCUGGAACAGCUGUGUAUAAACUACGCCAAUGAGAAGUUGCAGCAGCACUUUGCGGCUCAUUACCUGAAGGCCCAGCAGGAGGAGUAUGUGUCUGAGGGUCUGGAGUGGUCUUUCAUCAAAUACCAGGACAACCAGGGCUGUCUGGACCUGAUCGAAGGCUCUCCCACCAGCGUCUUCUCCCUCCUCAACGAGGAGUGUCGUCUGAACAGAGCUCGCGAUGCCCAGCAGUUCCGUGUGCGUCUGGAGAAGGAGUUGUCUGACAACGGCAGUUUGAGUUGGGACAAAUUCAGCAAAAAGCCACAUUUCACCGUGGCCCACUACGCUGGUAAAGUCAGCUACCAGAUCGAGGGCAUGAUGGAAAAAAACAAGGACCCGGUCCCUCCUGAGCUGGUCCAGCUGCUGCAGCAGUCUGAAGACUCUCUCCUUCACAGCCUGUUUGCUGAUGCAGACACACGAGGCACAAACACCAGGGGACAGAAACAAGUGGUCACGGUGGUCUCCAAAUUUAAGAACUCUCUGGAGAGUCUGAUGAAGAUUCUCCACAGCACCACUCCACAUUACACCCGCUGUAUAAAGCCCAACCCAGACUGCAGCCCUCUGACCUUUAAGAGAGAGGAGGUCAUUGUGCAGCUGGAAGCCUGUGGUAUAGUGGAGACCAUUAACAUCAGUGCUGCAGGAUUUCCCAUCAGGAUCCCUUACACCAGCUUCCUCAGACGAUAUGGACUGAUCACUAAUGUUAAAAUAUCUGCAGAAUUGACCGAUUCCGGCGGAUCGGAGGACGGGGACAGGGAGGCUCUUGCCUCAGCGGUGGAGGGUGUUCUGGGUGUGGUUUUAAAAGGGCGUGUCCCUGACUCCUCGGCGCGCUCCGACGACAAAAACACGCCCAACGUCAUGGUGCAUUGUGGGAAAACCAAAGUCUUUCUGACCCACGCCAUGUUGGAACUGUUGGAGGGACAGAGAGAGAGGAUUCGCUCCGUCAGGGCCUUCUGUAUCCAGUGCAGCUGGCGCAGGUACCGGCGGCGGAAACACCGGGCCAGGACACGAGCCGUCACACUCAUACAAGCAGCGGUGAGGUCUUGGUUAGUGAGGAGGGAGGUGAAGAAAUGGCACUCGGCUGCCAUGGUCAUCCAGACCAGGUGGAGGCGCUGGAGGACACUGAUGGAUGCUUUGGCUGAAGCAGAGUUAGAUGACGCUGAGGAUCUGCAGGAGGAAGAGGAGUUGUCUGCUGAACCAGUCUUAGAUCCUGUGUUAAGGGAGAGGGGUUCAGUCCAACUGUCUGGGCUCCAGGAGCCCGUGGUGGUCCGCGGUUGGCCCCUGGGCCUGGCCAUGGCCUCUGCUCCAAAUAUCACCAUCUCACUGACGGCCAAGGGCUUCCAGAAGGUGGUGUCUCUGAUGGCCAGUCUGAGUAUACCGCUCCACAGAGGAGAGUAUAAGGUGAAGACCAACCAGUUUGACCAGGGAGUGGCUUCCAUCAGGGCUCAGCCCAGGGGCUCAGUGAAACUCCACAUGCAGAGAUCCCCCCUGCUCUAUGCUGACAUGUAUCCUGGAGACAAGUGUGAUGGAGUGACGGGUUUCAACCAGAUCCUGCUGGAAAAAACCUGAUCCUCACUGGAAUUAGAACUAUUCGUAUUCAAUUUGUUCUCAUCACAGCACAAUCAAAAUGAAUUUCUCAUCCAAAGCACUACAACUUUUCAGAAUCAAACCUGCGGAAACACAUUAGAGAAACCAAAUGAGAUUUUUCUGGUAGCUGCCUUAUUUUAAUGUAACUGAAGAGUCAGUUUUAUGUACUCUGCGAGUCUCUGGUUGAUUAAAAUGCUUGAGUGCCUUCUUUUCCAAAUAGAUGUUAACUUCAGAGUGUACUGUAGGGAUUUAUAAAUAUUUAUUUAAAAGAUGAAGACUCACUCUCUUCAGUCUUUCCAUCUGAAUUUGGACAGUGUAUUAUUGAUUUACUGACAUCUUUGUUCUCAGGUUAGG